AUGGAUUUAAAUUUUAUCGGCGGUAAUCUGAACUCUUUGCAGCAGAAGAGAUCACCUUCUGGCGGUUUACGCGGUUCAACUGACCUGAGGAGAGGAUACUCACACGCUUCUGCUAAUGACGACUAUUUCAGCUCCGAUGAAGAAGAAAACAACUUUAAUGUCUCAAAGACUGACGCUUCACUUCCCCCAAUCAGCCAAGAUACCCCACCCAUGUCUCCCGAGGACAAGCUCAAUACUCCUCAAAUAGGCUCUGAUCUAUUCACAAGCACCCAAAAUUAUACUCAGCGCAUCACUCCACCCGAAUCUCCUCCCCCAAACUUGAACAGCCAGCCUUCAAAUGCAAAUUUUCACCAAGACAUACACCACAUCAACAACAAAUCGAAUCUCAAUGAAUGGGCUCCUGCUGAUAUGGCUAGGCCACCUCAAUCUCAGCGCAAAUUCCAUAAUCUUCCUGAUUGGAAUAUCCUAAACAGAUCUGAUAACCACCUUACAUCCCACCCAAUAUCCCUCAUUCAAGCUGACUUGGAGUGGUCACUCAGACAUCUCAUGUCAGAGCAAGUCUUCGAGCAGCUCCUUCACGACUCACUUGGAAGGUACCGCUUCAGACAAUUUUUGGAAACACUCUCGCCAGACUCGGUCAGCAAACUUGAUUGCUGGACUGACACUGCCGUAUACGACAAGUUAGUUAAUCAAAUAAAAGCUGGAUCUGAAGUUCUCUAUGAGCUUUAUCUAUCCUCAUCAUCAUCAAAUAAGGUCACCGUACCCCCAGUUCACACUGAAAAUACCUUCCACGGUUUACAAAAGCUCUCCCAGACCAACUCUGGCUUGGGUCCCAUUCAGCAGCACCUUCUCAGCUCUCUGUAUGAGAAUGAGUUCCAGCAAUUCGUUCGCUUCAAGUUGGUGGAGAGAGCCAAGGUUAGACUCGGUAAGGCCAUUCUCUCUGAUCGCGAGAAGGAUGGUCUGAGUGAUGCUUUCGUCAUUACAAAUCCGAGACUUCGCGCCCAUCCAAUCGUUAUGGCUAGUGAUGGUUUCUCCAAGAUGCGAAAGAUUCACUGGGUCACCGGCUACCAUCACUCUACCAUUAUCGGCCGCAACUGUCGCUUCCUGCAAGGUCCUGGUACAUCACCGCAGUCAGUUCAGCGUAUUAGAGAAGCUCUCAAUAAUGGUGUAUCAAUCACUGAACUUCUCCUCAACUAUCGCGCUGACGGUACACCCUUCUUCUGCUUACUCAACAUGAUACCGCUGCACGACUCGCAGGGCCAAAUCGCUUACUUUAUUGGAGGUCAGGUCAACGUCACUGGGAUACUUUCGUCCUCAAAAAAUCUUUCUUUCCUGCUUGGAACGACGAACAGUGAUUCUCAAGACAUUGGUCUGAUGGAGAACAAGGGUCUCACUUUUUCACCAACGAUGAACAGAUUCGGUAAACCCGAGGAUGAGCCCAUCGAAAAUGACUACCAUUCGAUCAAGACCAAGACGUCGUCUAUGCGAUUGGCAGCUGGUCAGUCACCAGAAUUUAGUAACGAAGGCGUGGGCGGAGACAUGCUCACCAACAGCAGAUCCAACCUGGGCAACGGUCAGGCGAGCAUGGGGAGCAAGAUGAAGAAGCUUUUCUCAAAGAGCAGACCGACCGACAAUCUCCUGCCUAACAAUAAGACAGGUCAGAGACUGUACGGUGCUGAGAAUCUCGCCGGUAGUGAACCGCGUCCCCUCGAAUCGCAGCUUGCGUUCUUUGAGCACACUUAUACCAAACUAAUGGUGAUCAAACGCAAUAAACGAGAGAUCGUUUUCCUUACUCCCGAGUUGCUCCUUUUCUUGGGUUUGCCUACGAAGACUUCUUUCGACAGAAAUUAUUCAACUCUGCACCACGCAUCUCUCACCAGCGUGCUUUCAUGUGGUCCAAAGCGCAAUGCUGAGACUAAGGCAUUGAAGGAGCUUGUCAAGGAUGCUUUCAAGCGUGGAGAGCCGCUUUCUACUAGAGCGGGUAUACGUUACUUAGGUAAAGCUAGCCUUUUCCAGCGCACUUCUGCUACCGAUGUAAGACACGGCGUUCUCCACCUAACUCCAAUGCUCGACAGGGAGGGCCAGUGCUUCGCUUAUGCUGCUGUCUUUUCUUGA